GACAGCUGCGAGUCAUUUUUGUGUUUUCCAUGGAAAAUGCGUACAACGUAAACAAAGUGCAAUAAAACAAAGAACAAACACAUUGGCACACACAUACUGACGCGCACAGUGUUUUUGCCAGGCCAAUGAGUUACGAAGCAUAUGUGCACACCCUCAACAAAACCCUACAGGCCUUCGCCCAACAAGUUGAACACUUCGCUGGGGUCGCUCUGCAAGCUGCUGUUCAAUUUCGCAGCGAAUUCAACACCUACACAGGCGACUGGCAGUGGCAGUGGCAAAGUCCCGUUGAGUUUACCGCAUUACAGGCAACGCUGCUGAAGGUGCUGCUGGCGCUGCUGCUGGGCACGGGUGUCCUGAUUGCCUGGUCGUGGGGCGUCUACGGUCGAGUGAUCACUGAGAAGUUUGUCAGGCCGAGCACUUUGAAGGAAAUUGAGGAACUUAAAUUAUCUGUAGCCAAAUUGAAGUUGCCCAAGGAGCAUUCGCCAAGAAUUUAAACCUUGUUAACCA